GUCGGGAGAUAUACAGGUCUGAUGGAGGGCUAGGGUUUCCCCAUUUUUCAUCGAUUUACUUCGCUUUACCCAUAACCAUUGACCCCAUACUAAAGAGAGAGAGAGAGAGAGAGGGGGAGGGAAAUAAAAAAAAGUUGCCAGUGUCGUAUAUUCCAAUCGUCAAAAUUCUUUAACUCGACUGAUAAAGUUUUCAGCUUUAUUCCAAUUCUUAGCGAAUUGACUCCUCAGUUUAAUUCCUCCCAGUUUUUUUCUCUCUGGACCAACUCAAAAUCCAUGAUCAUCUGCAUUCCAUGGACCCAUCUCCAGUGCAUACCACUCCUUCCACUGAAGAAGAUGAGUGGGACACUGAUGGAUUUGUGAUUCCAAGCUUGGGAAUAAGCAAUCCCGACCAAAAGAAAUCAGAUUCUCCAGGAGUAGCAGAUCCUAAUGUCUUGGUAAAGGCCAAAAAGGACGAUUAUAUAUACCUUGGACCGCAUGGUGCUCCGCCAUCACAUACGAGACAACAGGAGCAGAAUUCUUCUAGUCGGAAACAGAGGUUUAAACAGAAACUAAAGGAGGCAGAUGGGAGAUUUGGUGGAACUGGUCGUGAAGAUAAGGUGGACAAUUUGAGAGAGCUUGUGGGUGGGAAAAUGCCUGUCAACCCAUCAAAGAGUUCUUCUAGGGAUUGGCUAGACCCACAUUGUCACGAGUCUCAGUUUGAGAGGAAACACCUUUGAUACGUUUAGUGGCAUCUGUUGCAGCUGUUCGUUCAUUUUGGUGUCCUUUUCUUUUCUUGGCUUGAGGGUCAUACUUGCUGUUUAGUGCUACAAUAAAUCUCUCAACUUCCUUGUCCUAUCUCCCAGGGGAGGCAAAAAUUGGAGUUUAUGUAUUUUCAGAAUAAUCCUCCCAAUGAUCAUAUUUGGGCGAAUAAUUUUUCAAAAUUUCUCAGUAGCAUUAGUGACUUUAUCAUUGUAUAUCAGGAUUUACCUGUCUUGACACUAGAUUUCCAAUUGAAACUUUCUUGCCCAAAUUUUGCUGGUAUCUUGUUUG